GUAAGCUUGACCAGCCCGGACUGCCCAAAGCAUCUGCCUGGGUCUGCCUGCGGGUGCCACAACGCUGGAAGUGAACGAAAACACGGAUUUCAAGGGUAUAACAUCAAGGAUAUAAGAAGAAUCAUGUCUUCUGGCGCAGCAAUGGUGCGUAUCCUCAUUAAGGGCGGCAAAGUGGUGAAUGACGACUUCACUCAGGAGGCCGACGUGUACAUCGAGAACGGCACCAUCCAGCAGGUGGGCAAGGAGCUCAUGAUCCCGGGUGGCGCCAAGGUAAUUGAUGCCACGGGGAAGCUGGUGCUCCCCGGGGGGAUCGACACCAGUGUGCAUCUACAGGAGGUCUUCAUGAACGCCACCACCGCUGACGACUUCUACAGCGGUACCAAGGCUGCUCUGGCUGGAGGCACGACUAUGGUGAUGUGCCUGGUGCUGCCCGAGAAGAACGAAUCCCUGCUGGACGCCUUCGAGAAAUGCCGCUUGCACGCCGAUGCCAAGGCCUGCUGUGACUACGCCCUCCAUGUGGCUGUCACCUGGUGGGGCCCCAAGGUGCGGGCACAGAUGGAGACGCUGGUGAGGGAGAAAGGGGUGAACUCCUUCCAGAUGUCCAUGGCCUACAAGGACGUGUACAUGCUGAGAGACAGCGAGCUCUUCCAGGCCUUGCAGAACUGCAAGGACAUCGGGGCAAUAGCCCGUGUGCACGCGGAGAACGGAGAGCUGGUCGCUGAGGGUGCCAAAGAGGCGCUGGAUCUGGGCAUCAGCGGGCCAGAGGGCAUCGAGGUCAGCCGGCCUGAGGAGCUGGAGGCAGAGGCAGUACACCGAGCAAUCACCAUCGCCAACAGAGCCCACUGUCCUAUAUACCUGGUGAAUGUGUCCAGCAUGUCUGCAGGAGACGUUUUGGCCUCAGCGAAGAUGCAGGGUAAGGUGGUGCAUGGGGAGACCACAACUGCCCAUGCCGUUAUAAACGGGCUCCAGUACUACCACCAGGACUGGGCCCACGCCGCCGCAUAUGUCACCGUCCCGCCGCUAAGGCUGGACCCCAACACCCCCAACUUCCUGCUCAGCCUGCUUGGGAGUGACACCCUGAACGCCGUGACAUCUGACCACCGGCCCUUCACCACCAAACAGAAGGCCAUGGGCAAGGACGACUUCACCAAGAUCCCUCACGGUGUACCUGGCGUGCAGGACCGCAUGAGCGUCAUCUGGGAGAAAGGAGUGGUUGGAGGAAAGAUGGACGAAAACCGGUUUGUUGCUGUCACAAGUUCCAAUGCUGCCAAAAUCUACAACCUGUAUCCCAGGAAGGGCAGGAUCAUCCCCGGAGCCGACGCCGACGUGGUUGUCUGGGAUCCUGACGCAACCAGGACCAUCUCAGUGAGCACACAGUGGCAAGGGGGAGAUGUAAACCUGUAUGAGGGGAUGCGCUGUCACGGUGUGCCCCUGGUCACCAUCAGCCGUGGCCGCGUUGUCUACGAAAAUGACAUCUUCACCUGCGCUGAAGGCUCCGGAAAGUUCUACCCCCUCCGGACCUUCCCAGACUACCUUUACAAGAAGAUGGUGCAGAGAGAGAAGUGCCAGGCUCUGAAGGGAGUGGACCGUGCUCCCUACACAGGGGAUGUGGCAGCCGUGCAAAGCUCAGGGAAGGAGACGGCUCCCACGCACGGGGACCUCACCCCGCGACCCUGCACUCGCCAUGGAGGAGUGAGAGACCUGCAUGAGUCCAGCUUUAGUUUAUCCGGCGUACAGAUUGACGAUAACGUCCCUAAGAGAGCUUCCCAAAGGAUUCUGGCGCCCCCUGGUGGUAGAUCCAGUGGCAUAUGGUAACGUCAGCUGCUGCUAUUUUUGGGUCCACUGAAUAUCUAAACCUGAAACUAAACACCUAAUAUUAUUUGAUGACAUCACAUCCAACCAGAAUGAGUUAAUGCUAGUCACUUGCCAUUAGAGUAAAUACAAAUCCAAAUGUUGUUCAGGAUUUGAGGAGUGAAAGCACUAUAUAUUCUGAAGAAAAAUGGGAAAAUAAGGUAUCCGUGUGUUUGUAGACCAUGUGUGGAAUAUUUGUGAGAGAUGUGAUCAUUACAUCAGCAUUUUUUAUUUGGCUUUUAAGGUCUGGGUAUCAUAUAAUUAGUUUAAGUAUGGUAAUGGUACAAGUAACUUCUCCCCUGAUCCUGUUUAUUUUAUCAGUAUACUGAAAACAGUGCACUGUGAUAUGCAAGAAUUAAAAAUUAAAAAUAGUAAUUGGACAUUAUUAGAUGAUUGAAAAUUUUUUAUAUUACCGUGGUAAAGGAUGUGUAACAAUGUAUAGUUAUUUAACCACAUUUUUAAAUUGUUUUAAUAGCACAUUAUUGUGUGUUUACCUCAAUGUUUUAUCUCUGGAAUUGCACUUAUGUACAGUACUAACCUGCCUCUCCAUUUGUUAAACUGUACCCCUGUUGUGGUUUUCAAGUAACACUUUUUUGGAAAUGAUGCUCCUUAAGGUUAAUGUUAAGAUGCCGCCUCAGUAUCAUUUGUGUAUUUCAAUUUUUUAAUGUUUUUAUUAUUAUUCACCUCAAUUGGUGAAUUGUGGAACGUUCGAAUGCAAUUUAAAGCAUUUGAUUAAAUCCAGCUAAUGCCACAGCACCAGUUUAGCCAGAAUCAAAAUGUAUUUGUUUUUGCAUUGUUCUUGUUGGUGAUUCAGCAUGUUCCUUUCACACCACGUGAUGUGUGGCAACAACACUGUAUCUCUGUUUGGUAAACUUGCAUUGUGUCACUGUUUGGAAGUGUUAUCGAUAGCUAAUCAUUCUUAUUUUUUCUAAGAGUGUUUAUGGUCAAGUAGCACAGCCCUGUACAUCCCAGAAAUGUGAAUGAACAUGACUGGCAUGUUGACAGUGUUACAUAUCAAGAUUUACUUACAUUUCACUGCAUCUUGAUAAUGUAAGUAUCUUGGCUUGCCUGAUGCCUGACUGGACAGUCAGUCUCACUGACGAUACCAACAUUGCUCUCAGCUUAUCCCUCACACCAGAGCUUUCUCUUAAACUGAUGUCUCAUGCGCAUGUCAAAUGAUAGCUUAUAUUAGGACUCAAAGAUGGUAGAAUGGUUGUAGGUCGGUUCUCGGUACAGAUGUGCCAUCAGAUAUGAGAAGACUUGUCUUGUUCCCAUUCUAGUUUACAGGUCCUUGUAAUAUCCUAUUCACACUUGUAAUCUAUUCUAAAACAGUCAAAACAUUUACAGAGCUAUAUGUUUCUCUGUAAAAACAAAUAACAAAAUAACCACUAAAAUGGCCAAAUAGCUCUCGUACAUAUAUAUUGAAACGGUAGAUGUAAACAGACAUUCAUUGCUGAUCUAUGCUUUUUCACUCCUUCCAUGCUUGUGUAGUGUAGCUUAAAACAUUGGGAGAUCCUGCUGUAGAGAGAGUGUCACGUGUGUCACAGAAAUAGUUUAAAAGUUAAAGAAAAUGUUACAGUGAAACAGUCCAACCACAACAAUAGGACAUUAGAUUUUCUAUUGGUGCUGAAUAUUCCAGUAUGUGUGGAUGGUUUUGUUUCCUUUUGAACUUCAGUAUGUUUUUCAAACUUAAUUUUUAAUAUAAACCACGUAUGUAUGGCCUGUAAUUUUAUGUUCCUCUCAUAAGUCCAAAUAAACCCUGUCCAACCUUGCA